CUGUUUAGUGACGUCAGACCACAACAUCCCCCCGUCGCGUGCGGCACACGACAGCUGUAGUUGGCGAUAGCAGAAGUCAGACAUGCAUCGUUUUAGCAUCAAGUAAACAUCAGAAUCACAUUCAUCCGUAGUUAUGUUUUAUAAAAACGUCCAAUGAAAUGCGAAGACGACGAUUCAGAAACCGGAAGAAAACAAGCUAGUCAACGGUUUCUAUUGGAGCAAUUCUAAGCCUGUCUCCCAGUAGGCUCCCGCCCCGGUGGUCAGAGCAGCAUCAUGGUGGACGUCGCUGUGAAGAGCGGAGCUGCUUGGGUCUGCUGCGUUCAGGGACAUCAGUUAGCUGAUGUGCUGCUUCCUGUUCACACCUGGAACAGAGAGGAUCACGAAGAGGAGCUCGGUCAGCCAGAAGGAGACAAGACAAAUGGGGGCGGCCCGGUGCUGCUGGAGCAGACGGAGGAGGGGUCUCCGUGUGUCCUGACGCUCCACUGCAGCCCCCGCUCCUCUACCGCCAUCAGCCGCCUGCUGGUCAUCAGCGAGGCUCGGACCAUGGAGGUGUACAGCCAGACCGGAGAAUACUGCGGGACAGUACGAGGGGAGAGGGGCAACAGCGUCCAGCCAGACAGUUCAGACAGAGGCCCUUUUUACAAGAAACAGCUGAUCCUCGAACAUCCAUCCUCAGCGUGUGACGUCAAGCUGCUGUCCCUGGGUGGUAGAAGCAGCGUUCUGGUGUGUCGGAUCAUCGUGGGCCUUCAGCAGCUCCAGCCCUGCGCCGCCCGCGGCCCCGGCAUCGACAUGCAGCAGGUGCAGUGUCUGGUCGAGGAGAUGGGAACGAGCCUUUCUCCUGGAGCCCAGAACCUCAUGGACAUGGUGCACUUUCAGCAGAAGAACCAGACCAGCUCUCUGGGCGGCUUCCUGCCUCUCCUGAUGGGUGGUGGAGUUUUCUCCGCCCUGGCUCAAGGAGCCACCAUCUCCCCAGCAGCCAACAGCGACCAGCCCCAGCCUCCAGACUCCAGGCCUCCAGUCGGCUCCAUCCGAGCUGCAGAUGAAGCUCCGCCAGCUCAGAACGGGGCGAUGUCGAACGGCUCCACCGCCUGCUCCCCCGACCUGCCGCUUUCUGGUGUCAACACGGAGAAAAUAACGAGCAGUGAGAGCGGAGGCCCCGUGAGUCACGCCCAGAUGGCGGAGAUGAUGUCUCACUUCCUGAAAGGCCAGGGGCGUGGCCUGAGCUCCGGCCCUGAGCUUCUGCCCAUGCUCCAGAGCCUCUGUGGACAGGUGACCAAGCUGAGGCUGGAUGACCCCACAGACAAGGAGAAGAUGACUAGAAAUGGCCCAUGGGAGCUGGACCCGGCCAUGGAGCGCCGUCUGGAGGAGAUGGAGAGGAGGCUGAAGGAGCAUGUCGACCGCCGCCUGGAUGCUCUGGAGCAGAAGCUGGAGAAGGCCCUGCUGAGCGCCCUGCCGCACGUCGUCCUCAGCCAGGGAGCCAUGGGCAGCGGGGGCGGGGGGGCAGCAUCCACAGACGCGUCGCAGCAGACCGCCUCGACACCCCCCACACACUGAGCCUAGAACCGCUAAAUGACUAACGCAACAUGUAACCUGGAAGCCUUCAAAGCACGACACAGAUACUAAAAUGUUAGUGUUUUAAGACUGAAAUGGGAAAUAUGGAUAGAAUAACACAAUAAUCUCCUAAAAUG